AUGGCGUCGAAUGGUGAACACCCGCCACAGGGAACUGACGAACCAGGGCCCAGCAGUUUCCAGGCACAAUGGGAGCAAUUGCUUGCUAACUUCGAUCCAAACCUUCUUGCCGACCUGCGACGACGCGAACCCUCAGCCCAUUCGCUCUAUGAGAUCGAAAGAAUUAUCACCGGGCUUUGCAGAGGGGUUCAGAGGGGUCACCACUUGAACAGUCAAAUAGGAGACGAUAUCGUCGAUGUUGAUGCGACUCAAGAACGUGCAAGACAGUUUAUGGCCAACACUUCCGCAGCGACUAGGGAGAUGAGAAGGGAACUUAGUUGGAAUAUACGAGAAUUCGACAUUUCUCUUCUUCGCCAGAUACGGCGCUCUUCGGCGCUCUCGCUCGUGCUUGGGGCUGGCGCGUCGAUGACAGCCCCUUGCAAUGCUCCAAGCUGGCCAUCACUAGUGGAGGGUCUAUUACACCAGACAAUUGGCAGAGUCAUGGAGCUUUGGCUUCCCAGGCCUCAGGACUUGGAGCAGCUGCCCCCUGAGGCUCCACAAGGGCUUAUCAAUGAGAGGUUCAUCUCUAGGGACCCAUACAGAGAAUCAGCAAAAAGAUACAACGCUGACGAAGAGAAUACCGCAGUCAAAGUUUUACAGCGUAUUGAAGAGGCCCAGAGGAAUGACAAAUCAGUUAAUACUGACAUCUUGAGGCGCGGCGCUGAUGUUGGUCACGAUCUUUGCGGACAGCGACUGUUGACCUUUAUAACAGCCAUGCUCUACAAGAGAGAUAGGAUACCGAGCAAGACACAUCACGCGAUCGCAAGAUUAGCACGGAGUCAGUUUGUUCACGAAAGGGAGGACCACUUUAUGGGCUGGGACGGCAUAAUCACAUACAACUAUGAUGAUUUCAUGGAGCAAGCGCUUUCAGAUCUGCAGAUUCCUAGCGCAGCAAUUGCGAUGCGUGGAGACGAAAUAGCAGUGUACCACGUGCAUGGGUAUACACCGACCAGACCGUUCCUUAUAACAAUGGUGCCAUUCGUCUUCGCCACAAGUGGCUAUCAGUCGCAAUAUGGGCAGUCCGUCUCAAAGGUCCUAGAACGCUUCCAGUCUGACUACCUGGAGAACCCUGUUCAUGUGGCCUUGUAUAUUGGGUGUUCAUUCUCAGACAGGUACAUGAAUCAGUUGCUUCGAGAUGCCUUUGAAAGGCGGCCUGGCAGAUAUCAUUAUGCGCUGUUGCCGUGGCCUGGUGGUUUGGCCGACGAUCAUCAACCCUCUGGUCAAGAGAUUAAGCAGCGGUCCGGACAAUACCUCGCUAUGGGAAUUCGCCCCAUCUGGUUGAGGAGUCUUGAAGAGAUACCGCACAUUAUCUCGCAGCUCGAGUAG